AUGGAGAAGUAAUUUAAUGGAGGUGGAGGGAUUUGGAGAUAUGGAUUUGAGUAGAAGAUAGUGUAUUUGGCUGUUAAUUAUUUUAAUAAAAAAGAUAGAUCAAUAGAGAGAAAAAAGGGAUUUAUGUGA